UAAUCCCAGCAAAGCCAAAAGCAUCAUCUCAUAAUAUUGUAAAUGAUUAUUGAUAAACGGAGUUUAAUUAAUAGAUCAGAUGUUUAAAUAAUAUAAAAUGGAGACAGAAAACGGAAGUAAUGAACGUAUUGGACUCCGUGUUACUGCAUAUUGCAACAUGGGCUCUAGAAAGUACAUGGAAGAUACUUUUAGUGUUGCUUACCAGAAAUCAGAUAAUGGAAAGGAUUUGGAUUAUGCAUUCUUUGGAAUAUUCGAUGGGCAUGGGGGUGAUACAGCAAGCAUAUUUGCGAAGAAUCAUUUAAUGAAUUAUAUUGUCGAUCAGCCUGGAUUCUGGUCAAACCAUGAUAAAGACGUAUUAGAUGCCAUCAAGAAAGGCUUCCUCGAAUGUCACAUGGCAAUGUGGAAAGAUUUGGAUAAAUGGCCUCAAACUGCAAGCGGACUUCCAAGUACUGCUGGGACAACGGCAAGUGUUGCAUUCCUACGUAAAGGAAAACUAUACAUUGGACAUUGUGGGGAUUCGGGAAUAGUUUUAGGCCGAACAAAUCCAAAAGGUGGAAAAUGGAUAUCUCAACCGUUGACAGUUGAACACAAACCAGAAAAUCCUGACGAGCUUGCACGAAUUGAAUCAGAUGGAGGGAAAGUUCAACAAAAACAAGGAAUUCAUCGUGUUGUGUGGUAUCGUCCGAAGAACCCCCAUCAAGGUCCAAUUCGUCGAAACACCCGCAUUGAAGAAGUUCCCUUCUUAGCUGUUGCACGCUCUUUAGGUGACCUGUGGAGUUAUAAUUACAAAACAGAAAAAUUUGUCGUGUCACCAGAACCAGAUGUUGAUGUCAUUGAUGUCGAUGCACAUUCAUUCAAAUGUUUGAUAUUUGCUAGUGAUGGUCUUUGGAAUGUACUUGACCCUGACUUUUCUGUUGAUUCCGUCUAUGAAACUGAACGUCGCAAUGAUCACAAUGCUAAACUCGGUAUUAAUGCAUGGCGAAAUCCAUCAAGAAUUCUCGUUGAAACAGCUUUAGAAAAAUGGCGAAGCAAUGGCUUAAGAGCUGACAACACUUCAGUUGUUUGUGUCAUGCUUGAUCCACCAAAUAAACGGAACAUGUUUAAAUUUUGUCGUUCACCAAACACUGAAUACCAACAAACAACAAUCGAAGAUGAAAGUGCACGAACUAUUUAUGAUUAUAGCACAAGCGAGGCGUACAAUUUAGAUUAUGUCAUGACGCCUGACAUUUACAGUGGAGGAUUGACACGACAAAAUGCAUUCUAUGGUGAUAAUCAAUUCUAUCAACCAGUAACAACAAACUUAGAUGAAAGAUAUUUGGGAUCUCAUCAAAAUCAUCAUUAUUCAAAUGGUUAUAAUUCAUAUGAGUCACCAUUUGGUUACGAAGUUGCGUCAACAUCGCAACAACAUGCACAACAUCAGAACAUUGUUGAGUCGGGAGCGUUGACGUAUCAAGCAAGCAGCAAUGAAAGUGCCUUUGUGAAAGCAUGUUGUCGUAACAAUUUCCUGCUUGCAAAUCCCAACGAGCCAAUAAAUUAUCAUUCAACAUACGAGCAGCAUCGUGAGAUGUAUGAAAAUAUGGCAUUGCGACCGUAUCCGCCACUUCAUUACGCUUAUCGUCCAGUUCCAACGAUACCAACUCAACAACCACUUCCAUCGCUUCACACGAAUAUUUAUGAUCAUCAAGGAUAUUUACAAAGUGCGCCGGUCUACAAGCCAAUGGAACGUUACAAUUAUUUGCGACCAACACCUGAAGAAGUUGAAGCUUUACACAAUGAAGAAGAAGAAGAGAAUGAUUCUGGUUCUGAUACUGAUGUCAUGGACUUUUCUGAUGAAGAAUCUGAUGAGAUUGAGAAUAAAGAUGUGGCGGUGGAAGAGACAAAAGAAGUGGAAAGUGAGAAUUGUGAUGAUUCAAUUCAAAUCUUUGAAAUAUCGUCGUCAAGUGUUAAUGAAGUAAAUGACAGAACAAUACAAAGUGAAGAUAUGGAGACAUCUGAGAAUGAAGCAGAAUUUAGAGAAAAACCAGUGAAAAGUAAUAAUAAGGAAAAUAAUGAUGAGAUUGUGAGAAGGAAGAAAGUGACUGCAUCAACUGGACGAUUUUAUGCGACACGUCAGUUUGAACGAAUGAAAAUGAAAUCCGAUAAUGCUUCAGUACAAACAGGUGUUAAGAAGGCAAUCGGAAAGCAGAAGUUGCAUCGUCGAAUAACUCGAAAUAUCAGGAAAGUUGUAAAAGCUUUAAGUGAUCAAAAGCCUAGCACAACGACGAUAAAAAAGUUUGAUCUCUUAACAGAUCUUUCACAACGUGGAUCGAAGAAAAUUGUCACAAAAGACAAUGGAAAUAAAUCAUCUGAUAAAGAUAAAGUCAAAGCUUCGAUUAAGCCUCGUGUUUUACGUAGCGCUCAAGUUAAAGAAGUCGAAUGUACCACGACGAAGCUUAAUUCAACAGUGAAAGAAGUGCGAAGUUUACGUUCAAAUGCUACCACGACAAAUGUGAUAGCAACUAGAACUUUUGAAAAGCCAGCAACUCGCCAACGAACAUCAGCAUUCUUCGAAAAUGGUGAAAGGAGUAACAGUCGAAGGCUAAAAUAGUUGAUGCUUCAUGUCAAAAUCGCAUACGUUCGCAAUUUAUUGGCUGUGAGUUGCUGCAGAAUAAAAAUUACAAAUUUAAUAUGUUUUUCAAGGAGCUUGAGACAAUUUCAGCGAGAAAACAAAAUUAACCAAAUAAUUUGAUUUAAUUAUAUUUAUGUAAGAGAAUUCUUAAAUUUUAGUUCAUUUUCUUCUUUCUGACAAAAUUGUACGAAUAUUAAACUGAAUAAUUUUGUCAUUUGAUUUUAAAUUUAAAGUUUAAGAAAAUUAUUUAUGUGGUGGUAAAAUUUACGUUUAAUUAAAUAACUUAACUAAAUUCUUUUCUGGUAUAUAUUUUAUUUUUAGGUGCCAUAGAUAAUUUAACGAAUUAGAUACAAAUAGUUUUAGUAACAAUUCAUGACUUCUUUUUAGUUUUUGAUAAGCCAUAAAAUAUUGAGUCUCAUCAAAGUGCCUCAAAAUUAAAUCAAAUAAAAGAAAAUUAGUGAAAAUGGUUACCAAACAAAAAAAAAUGUACAAAAAGAAAUAAAUUAUCAUGAGCAGGAUGAAUAAUUAUUUACUGCAUGAACGAAAUUUGAUGACGAUUUGUGGGAAUAUUUAUGAAGAAAACUACCUACAACUUCAGAAUUCAAAAGUGUAAAAAUUUUAAUAAUUGUGUGAACUAGAAAAUAAGAGCAUUGAAAUAAAUAAAAAAACAUAUUUUUCUCCU